AUAGUAUCAUACCUAUAAUCCCAUCUAAAAUUCAAUAUGCAAUAUUCCUAGCUCAAUAAUUACACUCCUCUCUUCUCAUCAUUCAACCUACCUAACACUUAUCAAUAUGCAUCCCAAAUUUUCUCCUUGGAGCUUUUCCCUUCCUUUGCUACUACUAAUGAUUACUUAUGCUAAUGGAGAAAACACUCAAAAUAAUGAAGGAACUCAUCAUCAUCAACAUCAACAACAUCAUCAUGAAUCUCAUGAUACAACAUCACCUCAUAUGGAUCAUUCAGUGCUUGUAUUUUUUACCCUAGAUGACCUUAAGGUAGGAAAUACUAUGCCUAUUUAUUUCCGAGGUACUAACCCUUCUUCUAGUUCUCCACAUUUUCUUCCUAAAGAAGAAGCUGAAUUAAUCCCUUUCUCACAUUCAAAACUCCCUUCUCUUCUUCAUCAUUUCGGCUUUUCGCGAAAUUCGCCUCAAGCUACAGCCAUGGAAGAUACUCUAAGACAGUGUGAAUUAAGACCUAUCCAAGGAGAAACUAAGUCUUGUGCUACUUCUUUAGAGUCUAUGCUUGAUUUCGUGCAUAAAAUCUUUGGUUUAAAUUCUAAGUUUAAAGUCUUAAACACCCAAGAAUUCGCAAAAACUGGUAAGUUUUUGCAGAAUUAUACUAUAUUUGAUGAUCCAAGAGAAGUUUUAGCUCCAAAAAUGGUUGCUUGUCAUACUAUGCCUUACCCAUAUGUAGUGUAUUAUUGUCAUCACCAAGAAAGUGAAAGUAAAGUGUUUGAAGUUUCAUUAAAGGGUGAAAAUGGAAGUAAUGAUAAUGAGAAUAUUGUUGAAGCUGUUGCUGUUUGUCAUAUGGAUACAUCUCAAUGGAGUUCUAGUCAUGUCUCGUUUCAAGUUUUAGGUAUCAAGCCUGGUUCAUCUCCAGUUUGCCAUUUUUUUCCUGCAGAUAAUCUUGUUUGGGUGCCAUUAACUGAUAAUCAUGAAGGAUUUGGAGAUAAUUAAGAUUUAAGUGUGUGAGAUUGUACUUCUUUGUUCACUAUCUAUUAUCAUGUAUUAUUGCAAAUCAUAGACGAAUGGUUAAUGUAAGUGAUGAUUUCAGGACUUUUAUAUCCUGGUUUGUGUAAUAAUUUUAUGAUUUGCUAACUUUUGGGGUUAUGGCCAUA